CUUUGACAUUGCCUUUUCCCCUCUUCUUCCCGUCUUCUUUCACAGGUUUAAAAGCGACCUGCAAUCUCGGCCCUAGAUCCCAUUCCCCGUCUGUUUCUCCCCCCACGUUGUUGUUAUCUUUCCUUUCAUCGACUUUGCUUUCUGGACGCUACUUGCGUCCCAAGGUCUCCUAGUCGCCCCCAACUGCUACCAUGGACGAUGGAUCUCAAACGACGGCAAUCCGCGAGAACGCCCUCGUGACUCUCCCCCGCCAAACGCUGUCCUGCGCCAGAAACCAAACCGUUGUCGUCGAACGGAGGAGGAGAAGAAUACUUUUGGCUUCAAAGCCCAGCUCACCCGGGGCCAUGUCAUAUUCAAUGGUUACGAUUGAGGAUGUCGAGGUAGUUAGAACUACCACUGUCCACUCUCGUGACGAUGCAGUAGAAAGCACACCCGUCGUACAACCCCGUCCUGAAGAAUGCGACACCGACCUGAAGAAGGCCGCCGAGGUGAGCCCCAAAGCUCCCGCCAUGAAUGGAAGGGCCAGAUUCAUCAACAGCUCCCGGCGACAAAAGCUGUAUCACUAUCUUCCGAACGGUCCGGCCAGAAGAUCUCGCUACAACGUUCCGCCCAAAGAGCACAAGACGCCUGCGACGCCGUUUAUCCCGCCUACCACUCACGUCAUACAUCCUUCAGAACGAGAUGGUGAAGGCCAGAAAAACCUCGACUCUAACUAUCCCCGGCAACCUUCCCCUUCCCCCUCGAGCUUUACCUCGAGUUGUGAUACAGCGCCUUCCGUUCAACUUCCUCCCCCUACCGAACAGGGCUCUCCUGCCCAGUUUUCAAACCCUUACGCUUCCUCGCCGUAUCCAUACCCUUCCCUUUUGCGAGUCGAUUUGGAGCCUUCUGGUAGUUCCCACUCGUAUACUCCCCCAUACACAUACACUCCCAACUCGAAGGAGACGUAUUCUAUCCCUUCCCCUUCCCAGCAUAACGGGCCUGCGGAUUUGGAGGAGACGCCGAUGCCUUCUUUCCCCUCUCAUUUCGAUUUCGAGCAGUACAGUUCUGGUUCUGGUUCUGGAGGAGGUUACCCGGAAACACAUUCUUUCCCUUCUCUUGAACCGGAAACUGACUUGGAAUCACCGUCACCAACGUCGGAGACGAUGGACCCAAGGGAGGGGUUAGGUUCCAGAGAAUACGAGCUCAGAGAGCUUAGAGACUUUUGGAAGGAAUUCUACGGAGAGUCGUGAAAUCAUGGUCUUUACUCAGAGAUGGGGCGGGCUCGAACGACAGAGGAAGAGGUUCCCUAUGAUAUACUUUUGGGAAUGAACGAGCAAACGAGUCAUCUUCUUGGUUUUUUUUCUUUGCGCUCAAACUCGAACUUGAACUUUUGUCACGGUUGCAACUCGUUUCGGAAUGCUUGGAUGCUUGGGGUUCUUCAGGCUUCAGGCUUCGGGGGCACCAUGGCCACGCUCUAUUGCGGCGUUCCUGAGGUAAACUGUACUUGAAACAAACAGACAAACGGACAAGAGGGCUUAGGUCCCUCGGUGGUCGCGGAAUACAGCAAAAGAUUUGGUUUUUUUCUUGCUUAUUAAUAAGAUAAGAUGUAUAUCUCUUAAUAAUGUUAGCUGGAAUCGAUAACGGCCGUUUUUCGGCCGCCGGGAUGGGCAGUCGACAGUCGACCUGGCUACAG